CUCAGGAGCGUGUGAGUGAUUUCUGUCGUUCUUUCUGUGAAAAUGUCAUCACUCAGUGGAAAGAAAGCUCACAAACUCUGAUUAAUAUCAAUACACAUUAUAUUCAUUAUUACUGAGUGGUGCAGGACUACAUCGGUGUUGUAAAAGUGCCUUCACUGCUGACUGACAGGGGAUCCUCCUCUCAGCAGCAGGCCUCUGUGACUUCCCUAUUUCCAUCACUCAUGCAGGGAGAGUGCCAUCACCAUUCAGUGGCUUUAGGUCGUAGGUUAGGAGGUAAUGGUGAGUCUGCAGGAUCAGUGACAUCAGCCUUUACUUCCGGCAAGCUCAGUCUGUGCUGCUAUUCUAGCCAAGUCAAGGUGUACCGAGCACUGUUCACCUUCGAGCCCAGAACGCCAGACGAGCUGUACUUUGAAGAAGGAGACUGCGUGUACAUCUCUGACACAAGUGACAGUAAUUGGUGGAAGGGGACAUGCCGAGGAAGGACAGGACUAAUCCCAAGUAACUAUGUGGCUGAGCGUGCAGAGACUAUUGACAAUCCAAUGCAUGAAGCAGCCAAGCGAGGCAACCUGAGCUGGCUGAGGGAAUGUCUGGAAAACAAGGUUGGAAUCAACGGACUGGAUAAGGCUGGAAACACUGCCAUCUAUUGGGCAUGCCAUGGAGGACAUAAAGAUGUGGUGGAGGUGUUGCUAAGCCAGCCCAAUGUGGAGCUCAACCAGCAGAAUAAACUUGGGGACACCGCUCUGCACGCUGCUGCCUGGAAGGGUUAUUCUGACAUUGUGGAAAUGUUGCUGACCAAGAAUCCGAGGACAGACAUCAGGAACAAUGAGAAUAAGCUGGCUUUUGAGAUGGCCACGAACGCAACAUGUGCCUCACUUCUCAAAAGGAAGCAGGGAACCAACAUCACCCGCACACACAGCAACGCUGAAGAGUAUUUGGACGAUGAGGACUCGGACUGAGCUGGCGCUGUUGAAACAUCACUGUCUUCCAUUGUGGUUUUGGGCGGCCAUGAAGCUCAGAGAGUUUUAUUACAGACCUAAAAUGGAUUUGCUGCUCUGUUUCCAACUGUAACUCCAUUUUAGUUCCGUUAUUUUGUGCAAGCACCUCAGUCCUCGGCCCUCUGCGUCGCAUCAGUGUGAAUUUCAAAGCAUUGAAUUGAUGUUUUACCGUCUGCCAAGUGCAUUUCCACCUGUAGGGGAUUUGUCUUGGCUGUUGCACCUUGUGAACUGAGAGUCAGGAUAUAUGUUAUAGUGGAGAAAGGACCAACGCUCUAAGAAACACAUUCCAAACAUACAGGUUGUGUUUAACUCCUGGGGAAUUAAAAUGCCAGUGCAGAUUAAAAUAUUGAUCUGGUCUGUGCCUAGUUAUGUUUAAGUGCUCCAUUUAAUAUACUGAACUACAAAAGGAAUUGGAAACAUGUUAUCUCUCACAACAAGGCACAAUUUAGAUCUGUUGAUGUACAUCUGGGAAGCAAUGCAACAUUUGUAUAUAACCUUAAUAUUUCCACUGUAAAUUGGAUGUGCUGAGGGACCCAGUGAGACUUUUUCUUGUUAUCUGCUUGGUCAAAUUAAGGGUGUCAGUAAUGCGCAUAAAAUGGGAUUAAUAUGGGAAUAUGUUUGUAAACUGUCUUUUUGGGCAGCAAAUCCUAAGGAAAUAUCACAAAACUCACUUGUUACUCUCUAUACUGCAUGUAUUUUGGUCCGUGUCAAAACACCUCCACUGCUAUUAAAGAUCAGUUCAGUGUAAUAAUAGUUUGACAAAAAAUACCCUGUGUAAAACAGACUUUAAAUUACUUUCAUUUUCAAGCUUUUGAUGGUGUGAUAUCCAUCCUGGGAGCAAAUUUCUGGGUUUAUUGCUGCUUUCUGACAAAUUUUUAAAUAUAUAUAGAUAUAUAUAUAUAUAUAUAUUAAAGAUGUGCCUUAAAUCUGUGUAACAUAGAAAGCGUUUCUUUGAUUGUCUAUCAUUGUGAACAUGCUUUUGUCUUUUGAGGUUUUGAAAUUCUUAAAGAUUUUGUUCUAGAUUCCUAUCUGCUCUCUCUUCAAUCUGCAAUAAAAUAUUUUUAACUUAAA